AUGUACGGCAGGUGUUCUCUUUCCAGCUCCUUUGUUAGCCAAUAUUGCAGUAUUGUAAAUACGGGAUCCCACCUCGCUUCUCUCAAUAACGCAGAGCCUCAGCGCCUUCACGACGUCAACAAAGACUUGUGGCAACGUACAUUUCUAUCAGUUAUGGGAAGCGAACAUGAUAAAUCAUCUACUCUCAAUAUAACUUUUGGCCUACAUGGCAAUUCCUUGCCUAUACUUAACCCGGGAUCUCUGCCCCAGCCCCAGCAUGCCCAUGCAUUCCCCAGCCCUAACACCCCAAACCACUAUAACUUUGCGUCACCACAACCCGCAAUUGCAGGCCCUGAGCUUAAAUCCGAGCCCAAUCAGGACGCCACACCAACCCAAGUUCAAAGCCCUCGGCGCAACGGCAGGGAAAUUGGCGACAAGCAAGAUGCAGCUGAAGAACUCGGUACAGCGAAGGGAGAACUUAUGACUAUUUCGUUGUAUAUUUUUUCUUCGGUUGCAACAUUUCAUAUUGAAGAGUAUUAA